AUGUGGUGGAGAGUCUACUGCUUGCUGAUUUGGUUCCCCUUACAAGAGGCCUUUCUGACUAACCACACAGAAACCAUCACUGUGGAGGAAGGUCAGACGAUCACUCUCAAUUGUGUGGUUUCUCAGACCAUGACCACCUCCCUAGAGUGGGUGGCUCCUUCUGGAUUCACCAUUUAUUUAGACGAUCGUCCUGGUUUAAGGAAUUCCAAAUACCAGAUUCUUCAUCAUUCCACCUAUCAGUUCUCCAUCACCGUGCAUAAUGUAUCCCAGGAAGAUGAAGGCGUGUACAAGUGUUUACAUUACAGCAGCCCCGUGAGAACAAAGGAAGUGAAACUGAUAGUGAUAGCAACUCCUUUCAAGCCAACCCUGGAAUAUUCAGUUAACAGAACGCAAAAUGGAGAAGAACAUGUUAUACUUAAAUGUUCCACCACGAGAAGCAAGCCCCCUCCUCAGAUAACCUGGCUCUUGAACAACAUAGAGAUCGAUGGUAAAACUCACCGGGAAUUUGAAACUGAUGGGAAGAAAUGUAAUAGCACUAGCACACUCAAAGUCCACGCCUAUAGCAAGAACUCCAAGGUGGACUGCAUCAUCCGACACGAAGGUCUGCAGGGUGGCAAACUGGUCGAACCAUUCCGGUUUGAAGAUUUGGUCACUAAUCAAGAGACAACCUCAGAAGCCCCGGAGAGAAGUUCUCCAUCCUCUCAAGACCCUCAGCAGCCCACUAGUACCGUAAGUGUAUUGUUAGAGACUGGUACAUCAGAGAUUGACAAGGAAAAGGAAGAACAAACCACUCAAGACAUUGACUUGUCCACCGCACCAAAUCCUCAGUAUUUGGGACUGGUGAAGAAGAAAAGCGGCAUUCUGCUGCUCAGUCUCGUGUUCUUCCUCAUUUUCAUCCUGUUCAUCAUAGUCCAGCUUUUCAUAAUGAAGGUCCGGAAAGCACAUGUGGUAUGGAAAAAAGAAAAUGAAAUUUCAGAUCACACUGUAGAAAGUUACAGAUCAAGGUCAAAUAAUGAAGAAACAUCCUCCCAAGAGAAAAAUGGCCAAGCUCCAAGCUCAAGCUCCAAGGGCUGCAUCACCUACAUCACUCAGUUGUACUCAGCAGCAAAAACAAAGGCACACCAAUCAAAACAGAAGGAAGACCACACCGACAUACCAGAGAGCAUCGUAUAGUUCCCCCGCCCCACCACAACAGAAAACAUGAUU